UUUUAUUUACACUCGAUGCUAACACGUGCGCGGUCAUAAUCGGCGAAUUUGUGCACAAAACUUUGCAAAAUUCUGUAGUUUUCUAUUAGAUUUAGUUGAAAAAGUGGUUUAAUAUUAUAAAAGAUAAGAUACCACGUUCAGAAUGGUACGCAGAUUGAGGAAAACCAAGAAAAGUCAAAAGUACAACUACAACCGAAAUCGUAAGCGAUUGAACAAGAAGAUCCAUGGCACCGGCACGGUCAAAUGCCCGGAAAUAAAAAAUGACAUGGACUUCCGCAAGAACCUGAACGCCAACAUCUCCGAGAUGGGCCUGGCGUUCGAUGUGAACAAAACGCUUCCGGUGCCGAACGCCAAACGGGAACGCACCAAGCUGGCCCGGUACGUGAAUGGGUUCCUCGAGGAGGACGCUUCCGAUUUGGAAUCCGAAUCGACGCGCAACCCGCCGCCUAAAAUUUACGUUGCCGAGCGGCUGGAGAAGGACUCCAAGGAGUUCGUGGAGGUUCGCUUCCGGCUGUCCAGGGGUCAGGUCCGGUUCAUCACCGGGAUGAUCGAUGCGUACGGGUUCAACUACAAGGCGAUGGCCCAGGACAAACGGAACUACGAUCAGGAAACCUGGCGACAGAUGCGCCAGAAGGUGCGCCGGUUUUUGACCAUUCCGCAGCAGUGCACGCCCUAUUUGAAGCGGAAGGGAUGGCUGGAUUGUGAUAUGAGCGAUUCGAGCGAUCCACGAUGGAAGGAAUACGGUACUGACGAUGAGGAGUGAUGAAAGGUGGGUAUGUUGGGGGGUUGGUUUCGUCUUACAAUAUAAUUUUUGAUGUAAAAAUA